AUGGCGCCCCAACUCGACGGCUACUUCUCCCAGGUUGACAAGCUCUCCGACCACUUCAUCGACCGUCUCGCCAAGGCCGUCGCCAUCCCCUCCAUAUCCGCUGAUGCCGCCCGCCGUCCCGAUGUCGUUCGCAUGGGCGAGUGGCUCGCCGCCGAGCUCAAGACCCUCGGCGCCAGCGUCGAGCUGCGCCCGCUCGGAAAGCAGCCCGACCAGCCUCAGCUAGACCUGCCGCCCGUCAUUCUGGCCAGGUACGGAGAGGACAAGAACAAGCGCACGAUUCUAGUGUACGGACACUACGAUGUCCAGCCCGCCGAGAAGAGCGACGGCUGGGCUACAGAGCCUUUUACACUGACUGUCGGCGAGGACGGUCGCAUGUUUGGCCGUGGCUCGACCGACGACAAGGGUCCUGUCCUGGGUUGGCUGAACGCCAUCGAGGCACACCAGAAGGCUGGCGUUGAUUUCCCCGUCAACUUGCUCAUGUGCUUUGAGGGUAUGGAGGAGUACGGUUCCGAGGGCUUGGACGAGCUCAUUGAGAAGGAGGGCAAGGGCUACUUCAAGGACGCCGAGGCUGUCUGCAUCUCGGACAACUACUGGCUGGGAACGGAGAAGCCGUGUCUGACAUACGGUCUGAGAGGAUGCAACUACUACAGCGUCGAGAUCUCGGGACCUGGUGCCGAUCUGCACUCUGGUGUGUUUGGCGGAACUGCGCAAGAGCCCAUGACAGAUCUUGUCCGGGUCUUGGGUAGCUUGGUUGAUACCCACGGCAAGAUUCAAAUCCCCGGCAUCAUGGAUCAGGUCGCACCCGUUACCUCUGAGGAAGAGGGUCUAUAUGAUAACAUUAGCUUUACCAUGGACAACCUGCACGAGUCACUAGGCUCCAAGACCACCAUCUUCGAGGACAAGAAGCCCACCCUCAUGGCCCGCUGGAGAUACCCAUCCCUCUCCGUCCACGGUGUUGAGGGUGCCUUUUCCGCGCCCGGAGCCAAGACUGUCAUUCCUGCCAAGGUCAUUGGCAAGUUUUCGAUCCGUACUGUGCCCAACAUGGAGAUUGAGCAGACCAACGAGGCCGUAUACGCCUACGUCAAGGAGGUCUUUGCCAAGCUGGGCUCCAAGAACACCCUCAAGGUGUACGCCCAACAUACUGGCAAGUGGUGGGUCGCCAGCCCCAACCACUGGAACUUCCGCGCCGCCGACAAGGCCGUCGAGAGGGUCUGGGGCGUCAAGCCCGACUAUACUCGCGAGGGAGGCUCCAUCCCCGUCACCCUAACCUUUGAGCAGGCUACUGGCAAGAAUGUGUUGCUGCUGCCCAUGGGAAGCUCUACCGACGGUGCCCACUCGAUCAACGAGAAGCUGGACAAGAAGAACUACAUUGAGGGUAUCAAGUUGUUGGGCGCAUAUCUGCACUACGUCGCCGAGGAGGAGCAGACUAACUAG